GAAUUGAAAGAUGAAAAUGUGACUGAUAUCAUACAUAAUGUAUUGGAAAAUCAAUUGGAGCUUGAAAACGCAAAAAGUUCAGUGAAAAUUGAUCGCGCACACAGAUUGGGAAAACAAGAUCCGCGCUCAGCAAGACCACAAGCCAUUGUGUGCAAGCUUAACUAUUACCCCGACAAAGAGCGAAUUCUGGCCACUGCAAGAAAAUUAAAAGGAUCAGGAAUUGCGAUCUCAGAGCAAUUUCCAGAGGAAAUACUUGAAGUAAGAAAACGAUUAUAUCCUAUAUUAAAGAAAGCAAAACAAGAUAAAAAGCGAGUUAAAAUGGUUAGGGACAAAUUAUUUAUCGAAGGUCAACUUUAUGUUGAACCUAAUAAGGAAUGA